CAUGUGGCUCGCUAGCAGAGGAAAAAUGGCGGCGGCGAUGCGGGCGGUGGCGGCUGGAGCGAGGCUCGGCGUUCUGGAUUGCGGCCUCCGCGCCACGGUCCGGGGCCUCUGCAGCCAGCCUGUCUCGGUCAACGAGCGCAUCGACAAGAAGCGCCGAGCCGCGCUGCUGGGCGGCGGCCAGCGCCGCAUCGACGCGCAGCACAAGCGAGGAAAGCUAACUGCCAGGGAACGGAUCAAUCUCCUGCUGGACCCUGGCAGCUUCGUGGAGAGUGAUAUGUUUGUGGAGCACAGAUGUGCCGACUUCGGAAUGGCUGCUGAUAAGAAUAAGUUUCCUGGAGAUAGCGUGGUUACUGGACGAGGCCGAAUCAAUGGACGAUUGGUUUAUGUCUUCAGUCAGGAUUUUACAGUUUUUGGAGGCAGUCUGUCAGGAGCACAUGCUCAAAAGAUCUGCAAAAUCAUGGACCAGGCCAUAACAGUGGGGGCUCCAGUGAUCGGCCUCAAUGACUCCGGGGGUGCCCGAAUCCAAGAGGGCGUGGAGUCCUUGGCUGGCUACGCAGACAUCUUCCUGAGGAAUGUCACGGCGUCCGGAGUCAUCCCUCAGAUUUCUUUGAUCAUGGGCCCAUGUGCUGGUGGGGCCGUCUACUCCCCUGCCCUAACAGACUUCACAUUCAUGGUGAAGGACACCUCCUAUCUGUUCAUCACUGGCCCUGAGGUUGUAAAAUCUGUUACCAAUGAGGACGUCACUCAGGAGCAGCUGGGUGGUGCCAAGACCCACAGCACUGUGUCAGGCGUGGCCCACAGAGCUUUCGACAAUGAUGUGGAUGCGCUGUGUAACCUGCGCGAGUUCUUCACCUUCCUGCCCCUCAGCAACCAGGACCCGGCUCCCGUCCGCGAGUGCCACGACCCCAGUGACCGUCUGGUUCCUGAGCUGGACACAGUCGUUCCUCUGGAGUCAAGCAAAGCCUACGACAUGCUGGACAUCAUCCACUCAGUGAUUGAUGAGAGAGAGUUUUUUGAGAUCAUGCCCAAUUACGCAAAGAACAUUGUUGUUGGCUUUGCAAGAAUGAACGGGAGGACCGUCGGAAUUGUUGGCAACCAGCCCAAGGUGGCCUCAGGGUGCUUGGACAUUAACUCCUCUGUGAAGGGCGCUCGCUUUGUCAGAUUCUGUGACGCAUUCAAUAUCCCACUCAUCACUUUUGUUGAUGUCCCUGGCUUCCUUCCUGGCACCGCACAGGAAUAUGGUGGCAUCAUCAGGCAUGGCGCCAAGCUGCUGUAUGCGUUUGCCGAGGCAACUGUGCCCAAAAUCACAGUCAUCACCAGGAAGGCCUAUGGCGGUGCCUAUGAUGUCAUGAGCUCCAAACACCUUCUUGGUGACACCAACUAUGCCUGGCCCACAGCUGAGAUUGCUGUCAUGGGUGCAAAGGGUGCUGUGGAGAUCAUCUUCAAAGGACACCAAGAUGUGGAAGCUGCCCAGGCGGAAUACGUGGAAAAGUUCGCCAAUCCCUUCCCCGCAGCCGUGAGAGGGUUUGUGGAUGACAUCAUCCAGCCAUCCUCUACUCGUGCUAGGAUCUGCUGUGACCUGGAAGUCUUGGCCAGCAAGAAGGUGCAUCGUCCCUGGAGAAAACAUGCAAAUAUCCCACUGUGAACAGAUCUAAGGGAAAUAGGCCAACAGCUGAAAAACUGGUCAUUUGUAGCCUUUUACAAUCAUGAGAAAACAGGAUCUACACACCUUGGAAGUUGAUUAAACUUCAGAACGAGUUCUUGUGCCUGGUAUAAAAUUAUUUGAUCUAUUAAAAUCUUCAUUGGUA